AUGGAGAACAAGCUGGGAUUCGAUUCGCUAGAUUUUUACCUAUUUGAGAAAAUCGAUUUCACUGAGUUCCCUGCGUUGCGUGUCGGACCGGGCCCGACCAGAGUCCAUCAAGGAGAGAAAAUGAUUUUCACUGGAGACAGAAAGAGAGAGGAACAGUCGGCAAUUUUCAUCUCAUCGCUAGUUGGAUGUCAAAAUGCAACUGGGAACCUCACGUUUACAUACUGGUCUUACAACAGUGCUCAUGUGGAGGUCGUCCUAUUCGAAGAUGUGCCCGGCGGAAGCUACAAAAUGCUUUACGAAAAGCCGUACGUAGAUUGCGGAACUGUGAAGAUGAACACCGAAUGUCAUGCUGAGAUUCCAGCUCGCGAAACUCCUUUCAGAAUUGCCAUACGAGCGUACGACAUAGCAACCACGGAGGGGUCGUUCAUCAUGCUUGAUAAUAUUAUGUAUAGAGCGUCAUUAUGUAAAGUUGCAAUUGACAUGGGCGAUGGCUUUAAAUCUUCUCCUCUGGUAUCUACAGCAGCAGGAAAACCAAUUCGAACAGCAGCAGACCUUGACUGCAAAGACUUCGAAGCCUGCAGAUGGAGAGGUGGCGCAGAAAAAUCUAAACCGUGGAGAACGUCUUCGUCAACACUUCCGCCCGAGUUGCUGUUCAAUAUGACAGGAAGCAAUAUUGAACCAGAAGGAAGAUAUGCUUUGUUAUAUAUUGAACAGGAUACCAAGGGACCACUCGAUUAUUUGCGUUCAGAUCCGAUCAACUGCCAGAGUCAAACAGAGAAUUCUCUACUAUUAAGAUUCUGGAAAACGAGAGAUGUGGAGCUGGAGGCGUGCGCAGUGUCGCUUAUGGGUGAAGAAAUCGAAUGCUAUGCACUGCCAUCCGAAAUGAGUCCAGCACCUGUCUCGGUCUCAUUCAUCACAGCUGCCAAGAAUUUCGAGGUUACGAUCCGAGUACGGUCCUUCAAUCCGGAUUUCGAUUCAUUGGUGAUUAUUGAUGAUAUCUCCUAUCGCGCCACUCUCUGCAGUGAUGCGUUGAGUGUAUUCGAUUUGGGUGAGCACUUCCUCAGCACUCCAAUGCUCAGUCUUCUACUCAACAGAAAUGUGGACUCGGCGAAGGAAGUGCCAGCUAUCUAA